AUGGACAAUAUAACUGACAGACUACCAUCAGUUUGGGGAGAAAAAUAUGUGAGGUUGAGGGCUUCGUAUCAGAAGCUCCUGGAUAAAUCCACACCACAUUUGUACGCUCGAUGGGCCCUUUGUUACGUCCUUGUUUUUGUGUUCUUGCUCCGAAUUUUCUUCAGUGAAGGCUGGUACGUGGUGUGUUAUACUCACGCCAUUUACAUGCUGAGUCUGUUCUUACAAUUCCUAUCCCCUAAGUUUGAUCCGUCCCUGGAACAGCAACAGCAGGAUGAACUAGUAGAAGAUGGUUUACAAGGCGUGGAUAUCGAGGAUAAUGACGAAUUUCGUCCUUUCAUUAGAAGGUUACCCGAGUUUAAGUUUUGGAUUAAAGCAACCCAGGCCAGUCUUUUGGCGUUGAUAUGUUCGUUCAUACCCUUGCUGGAUAUCCCUGUAUUUUGGCCUAUUCUGCUCAUGUACUUUGUGGUUCUCUUUUCGUUAACUAUGAAGAGACAAAUUCAACAUAUGAUUAAAUAUCACUAUAUUCCCUUUGACUUGGGGAAGGCAAAGUACAAUAGGGGGGCCAAAUAA